UUUUGGUUCAGUCUGUAGGCUGUCUGAAGACUGAGAGCUCAACCAGGAGGUGGAGUAACGUUGCUCUUCUACUCCGCGGGACCAGACAUCAGCUGCAAUGUUGCUAUUGAGCUGAAAUAACAGUAUUUGUUGACUGUAAUACAUGACAGCACGCAGCAGACAUGGAGCCUCACAAAUCCGUGACCUUGUGGAUAUUUUGUUUGUGCCUAAUUGGAGAGAGUGCAUCUGAAAAACAAAGUUUCUUUUCACCAGAGAGUCAAAAUGGUGAAAAUGGGUUGUCAGAUUUUUGUCGUAUCGAUGAACAACUAUGCAAAGACGACAACGCCGUUCUCACCUUUGAGGCCAUCUGUAGUAUCCAUAAGCAGAUGGAUGAUGAUGCAAACGGCAAUGUAGACGUAGUAGAGACUGAUGGCUUCCUCCGAGAAGAUCUUAACUACCAUGACCCCAAAGCCAAGCAUAACAGUUUCCAUGGUGAUGACCAGUUCAUCAGUGUGGAGGACUUGUGGAAUGCCUGGAAGGGAUCUAAAGUGUAUAAUUGGACAGUAGAUGAAGUGGUGGAAUGGCUCAUCAACUAUGUAGAAUUACCUCAGUAUGUGGAUGCAUUUCGCAAGAUGGCUUUCAAUGGAAGUAUUAUGCCAAGGCUGGCUGUGAAGAAUACCACUCUGACGGUCUCCAUUCUGAAGAUUCUGGACCGCAGCCAUGUGCAGAAACUACAGCUCAAAGCUUUGGACACGGUGCUUUUUGGACCACCUCUCAUGAAUCGACACAACCACCUGAAAGAUUUCAUGCUGGUGGUGUCGAUAGUGAUCGGAAUGGGGGGCUGCUGGUUUGCCUACAUCCAGAAUCGUUACUCAAAGGACCACAUGAAGAAAAUGAUGAAGGACUUGGAGGGCCUCCAGCGGGCUGAGCAGAGUUUGCAUGACCUACAGCAGAAGCUGCAGAUUGCCCAGGAGGAGCAUCGGACGGUGGAAGUGGAGAAGGUGAACCUGGAGCAGAAGCUGAGAGACGAGAUAAACGCUGCAAAGCAAGAAGCUCAGCGACUGAGAGAGCUGCGAGAAGGCUCCGAGAACGAGCUGAGUCGGCAGAAGUAUGCAGAAGAAGAGCUGGAACAGGUGCGCAUGGCUCUAAAGAAAGCUGAGAAGGAACUGGAGUCUCGGAGCGGCUGGUCUCCUCCAGAACCUCUUCAGAAGUGGCUGCAGCUCACCCAUGAGGUCGAGGUGCAGUACUACAACAUCAAGAAGCAAAAUGCUGAACGGCAGCUCCUGGUGGCCAAAGAAGGGGCAGAAAAGAUCAAGAAAAAGAGGAACACUCUCUUUGGGACGUUCCAUGUGGCUCACAGCUCCUCACUGGAUGAUGUGGACCACAAAAUCUUGGCUGCAAAACAAGCGCUUGGUGAGGUGACCGCCGCUCUGAGGGAAAGGCUGCACCGCUGGGAGAAGAUUGAGAUCCUCACAGGUUUUACUAUCGUCAACAACCCGGGCCUUCCCUCGCUGCUCUCCACCCUCAACCUCGACGCCAGCUUCAUGGGCGGCAGAGCCACACCGCAGCACUUCGUCAUGUCUGACGACAUGGACGACUUGGACGAAGGCAUGAUGUCUGGAAUCCUGCAAUCUCCCAGUAUGAUGUCCCUGCGCCAACGCCACAUUGACCCCCAGCUGGCUUUGGGUUCCCAGAGGUUGGUAGAGAGUUCCCUGCUUGCGGGGCAGCAGGGAGAGGGCAACCCUUACCCGUCCAAGCCUAGGCCUGCCUUCAGACAGUCUCGAAGCCAUUCGUUCGGGCAACUCGAAUGUCUUCCCCUGCAAACUCUCUCCUCAGCUGUGUCUCACCCGUCAGUCAUCUGCUCUUUCAACCCAAUCCCUCAGUCUGUGCCGUCCUUGUCCUCUUCCUCCUCCUGCUUGCCCAGCACCGUUGCUGGCGGUGUUGCCCUUCAUUCCUCCCAUGUACAUCAUGCUGCUUUCCAGCCCAUGGACCCAAUUCCUGAUUAUAUCUCCAAAGUUCACUCCUCAUGCAGCGAAAGUCUCGGGGACUUGAACCGCUCCGACUCCGACUCCUCGUUGUCCCUCUCGCAAGUCGGCGAUCGGCUCUCGGCCUACGGCUCCAAAAGCCACCUGAUCAAGCCCACCUCUCUGAUGUACGGCCUCUCCGGCCGGGCGGACGACACCGUCUCCCUGCACUCUAACGGGGGGAACCGGAUUUACGACGGCGGCGCCGCGGAGAACGUCUCCGGAAGCCCCAUCCUCAUGAAGGAGAUCCACCACAUGGAGAAGUCGCCCAGCCUGGGAGAGAUCAACAGCUUCUCCGAGUCUUCCCGAUCUUUCAGCCCCAACUCGACCGAGCCGGAUACUCCGUCUCCGACGGGCGGCCAGGCGGGAGCGGCGGCAGCGGGGGGGAAGGGCAGCAGUCGCAUCCCACAGCUGUCGUCCAAGAAGAGUCCUCUGGAGGAGGACAGCUGCUCUACGGGAGAAGAUACAGAUUCUGCCGUCAUCCGCAAGAAACACCCCUUCAAAAUCUUCAAGAAGCAGAAGAAAUGAGCAACAAGAACCAAAAGGCUGCCAAAGCUGCUUGACUGUAUUCCUCUAUUUGUCUUUUUUUUUCUUCUACUUCUUUUUGUAAUGUCUUGGGUUUAAUUACGGUCAAAAAGAUGGCACGUUGCAUUUUACCUGUAGGUUCCGACGCCUGCGUUGGCCUGUGGGAGCAACCCGCCGUCUGGCCUCCUCUGCUCGAUGGUCCAGCGCUUGAAGCGGAGCGCGGCGGGGCAGGUCUGUACAGUGGAAUGUAAAGUAUUAUUUAUUCCUGCAGGAGGUUGUGCCAGUCUGAAAGGGAAGCGUGUCUCCCUCUGGAUUUUUUUUUUUUAUUAGAAUUUUUUUUUCCUCGUUCUACAAUCUGACAUUUUGCAUGUCUUCACUUUUGUUUGACUGAUAUGCUCUUAGUGUUUGCUCGGUUCGUGUUGUUAUCCAGCGUAGAAAACACUCGAUGUUACUUUGAUUACUACUUAGCUGUCUAGCCUACCAAUUCAGAUGAAUGCACACUGUUUCUUGUGUUUUGUUCCUCUUUUUUUUUGUCUUUUUUUUUUCCAACUGGCAAGUACAGAUUUUUCUGUCAUUUGUUGUCUAGAAGGGUGAAAAUAUACAUCUAGGGGAACUUAAAACACAAUAGGAGAAGUGGUAGUUAGAGAUUUGGCUCCACCAAAAUGUUACUAUUUAGACACAGUGUAACAGUAAAGACUUGUAGAUGGAGUUUACAAGAAGAACAUCUGCUAAUGUUACGAAACGACAAUCACAUUUUAGGGUAAGGGCAUUUCUUUUUUUAAUGUUGAAUACUUGUUCACUCUGUACAAUAUUGGAAAGGUCCUGGAUGUCUGUUCUUUUUCUUGCUUUAAAGUCCAACUUUAUUAAACAAUAACCACAGAUAAAAAAAAAAGUAUUCAAUGAAUUGAAACCUUACAUAUGCGUCUCAUUUAAAUUUAAUUAACAUUGAAAAGUAAAUCCAAAACAUUUAGUUCCAGAAGUGAAGCUCAAAGGAACUAAACAGGGAUCAUUUUGGACAAUUGAUUUCUGUUCAUUUCAGCAUCAUUGUUUCCAGCUAAUGAAAAUCCUGAAUUCUGUAUUUGAGAUCACAAAGUCUACAUUACAUUUGAUAAAUGUAAUCGGUUUCAAAACAGAAAUGUUACAUCAUGGCCAACACCAUAUUUUUCUCCACCAUUCUGUCAUUGACGCCACCCAAAUGUAGGGUGGAGCCACAAAAGCUAAUUGCUGGCUGCUCUCAGUGCUCUAUUAAAGCCCGGCAGUGGAAGGUUGAGUGAAAGGAAAAAUGUGGCGCCAAAUGAUGCAUAAACAAUUUAUUUGCUUCAAGCUAAAACUCUUCCUGCAUCAGGUUCAGGAAAUGCACCAGCUGCAACCUGGGUCCUGGUUAUGUAUGCAAGUAAUCUUAGCUUCACAAUCUUUAGCAAGAUUGCUUCACAAUCUAGUAACUAGUAGUUAUCCCUAAUAACUGCUAGUUACUAGGGAUAACUACUAGUUAUCCCUAAUAACUACUAGUUACUAGCGAUAACUAAUAGUUAUCCCUUACUAAUGAGCCUUUUUUCUGACAUUAUUUUCUUUCCAUUUGUCACAGUCAGGACUUUGAAACAUUCAUUUAGAUAAAUCAACCACAUCCAUUUUAGAGCAUUUAAAGACUUUGAUGCAAUUCAUCUUUUUACUUACAAGGGAACCUUUGUGUUCGUGCGUUUCUGGUACGUCCGUAAAUCUGACACACAGCCGACAUCUGCAUUCAGCAAUGAAUGACGAAGCCACUUGUCUUGGCUCACUCUAGGUUAACAUUUGCUUCAAAAGACUGUCUGAUGGAACGAGAAGAGACUGUUGCUGUGCUAGAAGGAGUUAGCCCAACAGUGAAGCUGUUCAAGCCAAAAAUAGCAUCUCAGUGCUAAACAUGUAGCAGCAGUGCAGACAUCAAAAGUAUUAAGGUCAACGACCACAGUCCACAUUUGUAAAGAAGUUCCACGAGUGAAACACUGGAAAGCAGAACAGCACUUUGCACCAGUUCAGAUUAAAAACAAAUGUUAUUGAACUGUCUAUUUAUUCAAUAAUUACAAUAAUUAAUUCAUUACAGACUCUUCAGUUGACUAUUGAAAAUUUGAAUCAAGUCCCACCACUAGUUGAUGUGCUUGGAAAUUGCACUCUGAACAGCCAGCUUUUGUAAGUAACAACACUUUGUUUCUCACGUCUCCAACACAACUGACCUUCCUGUGAGUUUUCAGGCCAUAGCAUUUGUUGUGCUAUGAAAAAUACUUGCAGUCAAAUUUCUUGAGAAGCUGGAUUUAGGGUUUUCAUCAACUAUGAUUCAUAAUCAUUAAAAAAAGAACACACAAAAAAACCAAUUGAAGAACCAGUUGAAAUAUAGCAGUGUGUGGAUGAGUUUUCUGAACCAGUUCUCCUCUGCUUGGUAACAGACGGAUGAAGGUGAUUAGAUCAGACCUCACAUUUCUGAUCAGUUCUAUUAGAAAGGCAAAACUUUAAACUGCUUCUGUUCUUUUCUGUCUUACUGGUCCCCCUUUUUUCCACUUUAGUUCAAUGUAACAAAAAAGUAAGUAGUAAUAGUUGUUGGUAAGGGCUACCAUUGCAAGGAUAUGUAUUUGCUUAGCUGAAGAAAAAAAAAAUGUUACCAUUUAAGAUGACUUUUUAUAAAAGACUACAAGGUGUGGAGGCAAAACAACCAAUCGAGUAAAAGUGCCAAAUCUCUGAUUUGUUCAGAGGCCUUCGUAUUUGUGUUGUGUUCGAUCCCUUCGGCCCCUUUUGCCCAGAGUCCAGAGCUCCACGAUGUGCGCCGUGCCCCAGUAUAGAUACUGAAUGUCCCAGGGUAUCGUUACUGUAACAGUACCGUAGGUACAACAUGUUUACAUUCGUUACAGAUGAGUUCAAUUCUCAGAUUAUUUACAACACAGAAUGUUGUGGCAGUUUUUAAUGCAAGUUGCUUGGUUUUAAGCACAGAGCUAUGCAUCAGUAGUUGUAGUUGAUUUUUGACGUAGUGAUGGCGCCGGUCAUUUUUUAGGGCGCUCCUGUUAAAUGAUCAACCAAAAAGUGCUGCAGAAGACAGUUCGUCUCUCGCCGCCUCGGCCUCGUAAUGUAACCGGUGGUUCGGAUGCAGAAGACAAUGUUUCAGUUACUUAUUUAAGAGACCAGAUUGAAAACAUUCUUACUGGUACUUCUUAGUGUCUUUUCUACCUUUCUCCUUUUUGUUCUGUUUAGUUUUUUUUUCUCUCUCUCUCUCUCUCUCUGCACGACGGCUGUAAAUUGAAAAUGCCAUCUGAGUGCGCGGGGGUGUGUGUCCGGGUGUCUGUCUCCUCCCAGUAUAUUGCACUGUAAUGUUGAUGCAUGUCAACUACCAUAACAAAGCCUAUAUUGGGUUAAAAGAAUGGAUCAGCUUCAACUCUAACCUUGCUACUCGACUUUUCUUCUCAUUUUUGAGCUUAUAUUUAUGAAUACAUGCAGUAUAUUUGUACAGAGAAAAAUGAUAAUUUUGCAUCUGUGGUGGUCUAGACUUUGAUGGCACUCUUGCAUGAUAGCAAUAAACUAUUUUGAAUGAAAACAAA